AUGGCUGAGGAAGGGAACAGGAGGCCAAAUCAGGAAAUCCCUCCCCUGGCUCCCCAUCUUCACGAUGGGUACCUUGGAAACGUAAUAGAUCGUCGCGAACGAAAUCGCCACAACAGAGAGCUCCAGGCUGCUCAGCUUGCUGCUCCACCUGAUGCUGCUCAGCUUGCUGCUCCACCUGAUGCUGCUCAGCUUGCUGCUCCACCUGAUGCUGCUCAGCUUGCUGCUCCACCUGAUGCGCCACCUGUUAUUGCCCCAGUUGCAUUCCCUGUUGCUGCCUUCGCUGCGCCCCCUCAAGCUGCGCUACCUAUGGCCCUUCAAGCUGCGCCUCCUUUCGUACAAGUUCUUGCUGCAGCCUUUGCUAGUGCUGUGCAUUCGGCUGCCACCACUGCUCACCGCCAUGCUGCCUCUGCUGCUGCCGCCGCUGAACAAGCUUUUGCUGUCGCUGCAGCAGAGCCAGCUUCUCUUGUCGCCACCGCUGCUGCUACCACCGCUGCACAAGAUUUUGCAGUCGCUGCAGAGCAAGCCGCUGUCGCCGAUGCCGCCGCUGCUGUCGCCGAUGCCGCCGCUGCUGUCGCCGAUGCCGCCGCUGCUGUCGCCGAUGCCGCCGCUGUUGGAAAUCUUCCUGUGGAAGAUAGAGGGAGGCUAUCACCGGAACAGGGAUUAUGA